AGUUAACUUUUCCCACCUGGUAUGGGUUUCAGUGUCUGCCAAACAGCUCAAAGAAUAUGGCUCAGAAUAUUAUCUGUAGCCAUUUAGGAGGAACUAAAAGUCCUUGACUUUGCUUUGGGCUAAAUUAUUCUUUUUUUGUCUGGCUUGACUGUUUCCCUUUCUUUCUGUAUUUUUCUCACUGCUCUGAAUUAAUGUAUUCUUUGGAAAUCAGGGAAGGCCUAGGAGGCUAAUGUUUGUCUACAAACCAGCAGCAGGCCAGGGACAUGGGGGGCAUUUCCCAGAAGACCCCCUGGGUUCCUGUGCAGUUACAUCUGGAGAGGUCACGGAGAGGACAGAGAAGAGUUGACUGCUGAUUGACCUGCAAGUUGGACUUGGAUUAUUGGAGACGCCUUGAUCCUGUCUGUGUCCUUGAAAUGGUCACUCUGACCUCCGUUCCCAGGCUUGGAGCCAUUUUCAAGGAGGCAGCCUUGAAGGAACAGUGUGUUGCUGAGACUCUCUGGACAACAUGUGUGUCUAAACCCACUGAGGGCCUCUGUAAAAGCUUUCAAGAUCCUGGUCAGCAGGGGUGGAGAGCUGCUUUUGGCUACCAAGACAAGCCUUGUAGGUUCAGAUGGAAGAAAUAAUGAGAACCACCAUGAGAUGGACUGUGAGUAGAAGAUGAGAAGUUAAAGACGGUGAGUGCAGGAAUUUUUUUAAAGAAGUUUGCCUUUGGAGAUAAACAGUAGUUGGGUGAAAAGACCAUAUUGAAGGAAGGGUUUACAACUGUGUGGGGGACUUUAUCAGGGUAUAAGGAUUACAUAAAAGAACCCAUUAGAGUUGAUGAAAAAGAGGAAAUAAAGGAGACAGUUCUAGAACAAAUGAACAGAGUAAAGUCAUAGACUUGGAGGAAGUGCCAUAAUGGUCAGUUGAAUUUAAGUUCUAGGAAGCUUGACAAACAUAAAAAAAAAAUUAACUAGAGUCUUUAACCUCUCAUUGCUAUGACCCAUGACUUGCUUUUGAUUUUUAAAUCAGAUUCUCUUUCAGGCAGACUCAUUGUCACUCAUCAUGGGCUGUGCCCCUAAUGCCUCACAUUCUCCAGUCUUCUUGCUUCUCGGGUUCUCAAGAUCUAGAGUCCCCCACAAUGUCCUCUUCCUCCUGUUCCUGGCUGUUUACCUGACCACCAUAACAGGGAAUGUGAUUCUAGUGCUGCUCAUCUCCUGGGACUCCAGGCUCCACUCACCUAUGUACUAUUUGCUCCGUGGGCUCUCCAUGAUAGACAUGGGGUUGUCCACAGUCACCCUGCCCCAGCUGCUGGCCCACUUGGUCACUCGUGACCCAGCCCUUCCCGCGGCCCGCUGCCUGGCCCAGUUUUUCUUCUUCUAUGUAUUUGGAGUUACAGAUACUCUUGUUAUUUCUGUCAUGGCUCUGGAUCGCUAUGUGGCCAUCUGUGACCCUCUGCACUACCACUCAGUGAUGAAUCGCAGGCUCUGUGCCCGCUUACUGGCCUUGAGCUGUGCAGUGUCAGUGGUGCACACCAUGCUGCACGUGGGGCUCCUCUGGCCUCUCUCCUGGGCUGGGGAUGCUGAGGGCAAUGUUCACCUCGCCCACUUCUUUUGUGACCACCGCCCACUUCUGCGAGCCUCUUGCUCUGACAUCCGCCCCAAUGAGUUGACCAUAUUCGUGGAAGGUGGUUUCCUCAUGCUGGGCCCCUGUACCCUCAUUGUACUCUCCUACCUCCGCAUUGGGGCCACCAUCCUACGUUUGCCUUCAGCGGCUAGUCGCCACCGUGCGGUCUCCACCUGUGGGUCCCACCUCACCAUGGUAGGCUUUUUCUAUGGCACCAUCAUCUGGGUCUACUUCCAGCCUCCUUCCCAGAACUCCCAGGAUCAGGAUAUGGUUGCUGCCGUGAUGUACACUGCCAUCACACCUCUGGCCAACCCUUUUGUGUACAGCCUCCGCAACAAGGAUGUCAAGCAUGCACUCCAAAGGCUGCUUAGGGGAGGGAAGGUGGCCUCCUGAUUAGCCUGCCUCAUGCCAUAUUGGUUAAGUAAGGAAAGAGGUGGGCAGACAGGAGUAUGUCUGCGUUUGGAGUUGAGUGGGGCAGUUGGCCUGGACAAUUUAUGGAACUCCAGAUUCAGCUUUUGUUGAUAUGGUACUCUGAUAGCUGUGAACAUUCCAAAUUCAUGCCGGGGUUUCCUCAUCAGCAUGCCUCUGGAAUAUUCCCUCAGGCCAUUUAUCUUGACUUAUCACAGUGGAUAAAAAUGAGUCACUAGGCCUGGAUUGUUUAAUUCCAAUAUUUUGAAGAAAUAUGUCGAUAC